AUGGAUACUACCUCGGUCGAAACCGCAGCCUCGGCGCGUCCUACUUCGGGCACCGCGGCCGCAACAUCCAAGGAUACCCCAGACCCAUCUUCAAGCACGACCGGCACAACGGAACACGUGCAGGACAUCAAAAAUGACACCAGUGGAAACACCUCAGCAUCCCAACCCGCCACAGAGCCUGCCUCUCAAAAAGACCAAGUCCAGGAGAAGGCAUCCGAGCAGACGCCGCAGUCAUUCGCCGCGGCCGUGUUCCCGGGCUUCAACCCACCAAAGCUCAACACCUCGGCUUUCUUCUCCUCUAUGCAGGGCAAGAUCCAAUCCACGAUCGCCAACACCAAACCCCCGGCCCUAAAUAUUCAGGCUCCACACCUGGAGAAGGUCGACUUUAAGCAGAUUCAGGCUAGCACGGAGCAACUGGCAAACACGACCAAGGAUUGGGGAUUCAGCGCGUUCAAGUCGUUGAGUAGCGCAGCCCAACGCGUCGGUGCGAAUGUCACCCAGGGAAUCCAAAAGGAACAUGACGACUUUGUCAGGCAAAAGAAGUUGGAGACCGUGGCGCCCCGUGAAGGAACAGAAAUACUUCCUGCUUGGGCUGGAAUGCCGGACGAGGACAAGAUCAAGGCGCGUAUCCUCAGUCUAUCAAAGGACAAGAGGAACUUUUUGCUUCCACCUCCCCCAGGAACCGACUUUGUGUUUGACAUGAACGUCUACUCCACCACAGCCUUCGCUACCUUAAAGCAGGAUCCCAACCUCAACAGGAUGCGCUUUAGUCUCGUUCCUAAAGAAAUCGAGGAGCUCGUCUUCUGGCGCAAUUACUUCUACAGAGUUUCACUCCUCAAGCAAUUCGCCUUGGCCGCAGCAUCAGGGGGCACUGAUUCACUGGCAGAUCUCGCUUCGGAUUCAACCACAACAGAGAAUGGCGCUGAGAACGGUGGUGCCGGUUCGGAUCAUAGACGAUCGCUCUCGGUAUCUUCGGCAUUAGGGUACAACAUCUAUUUCGGAGGCGAUGAUGUGGAUGGACCACCGAGACGCUCGAGACCCAAUUCUAUGGUUGCGAGGUCAAAUGCAAAAGAUGCAAGUGCUGCUUCUGCUUCUGCUCCAACUACUGCUGCGACAAGGAACACAGGCAAGUCCGCGGUCAAGGACACGGAAAGGAAAUCAGAAGUGCUGUUCGAGGCUGAAAUGCCAGACCAUGACGAGGACCCUGAUGCAUGGCUCGAGAAGCAGCUCGCUUCCGGUGUCUCGAUUGGUGGCGAGGACGACGCAGAUGUGGAUGUUGGGGAUUGGGAGAAGGAGCUGCAGAACGAACUCAAGGAUUAUGUGGAAGGAUCUUGA